AUGUCUGAUACAAGUUUGUUUGUGAAAGCUGAUGGGAGUGAUGUUAUUUUGCUCCUGUUAUAUGUUGAUGACAUAAUUCUGACCGGAUCCAAUCCUGUGAAGAUUCAAGCUGUGAUUCACAAUCUUGCAGAUGUGUUUGAUUUAAAAGAUAUGGGUCAGUUGACAUAUUUUCUGGGCCUUCAGAUUCACUAUAAUGCAGAUGGUUCUUUGUUUGUGAAUCAGUCAAAGUAUACGAAGGAAUUAGUGAAAAAGGCUGGAAUGGAGCAUUGUAAGCCAACCUCAACACCUUCAAAACCACACUCUCAAUUACUUACAACCGAAGGGAUUCCAUUGUCUGAUCCUACACACUAUAGAAGCUUGGUUGGAGCCCUACAAUAUCUGACUUUCACUAGGCCUGAUAUAGCACACUCUGUCAAUGUCGUAUGCCAAUAUAUGACUAAUCCUACUGAGUUACAUCUGCAUCUGGUCAAACGAAUCAUACGGUAUCUGCAAGGUACAGCAACCUGUGGUAUCCGAUACACUCACUCUUCUGAUUUUCAGAUACAUGCAUACUCUGAUUCUGACUGGGCAGCAGAUAUUAAUACAAGACGAUCCAUUACAGGCUAUGUGGUUUACUUAGGUUCUAAUCCGGUUUCAUGGCAGUCAAAGAAACAGGCAACGGUCUCUCGAAGUUCCACAGAGGCAGAGUACAAAGCCUUGGCACAUUGUGCUGCUGAUGUAUUCUGGAUUCGCUCUAUUCUGAAGGAUGUCGAUCAAGUUCUUACACUACCUCCUACUUUACAUUGUGAUAAUCUUUCUGCUCUAGCUUUAUGUUCUAAUCCAGUGUUUCAUUCGAAGAUUAAACAUCUUGAUACGGACUAUCACUUUGUCCGAGAGAAAGUACAAAAAGGAGAUCUUGCUGUUCAGUACAUAUCAACAAAUGAGCAGGUCGCCGAUGUGUUCACAAAAGGUUUGCAUAGUCCAGUGUUUCUUCACCACUGUGCCAAUCUUCAUAUUGGCGUGCCUGACACUAAUCCACAAUGUUCUCAACUAUUGCAAGUGCCGACAGUAGCAGAUCAAGAUCCUAUCCAUGUCAACUCCUCCUCAUUGUCAUGA